CCCCCGCCCACACAUUCCAAAAGGUGCUUGACCGAACCCUGACGUGUCCAAUGAGGAAAGUAAGUUCCGUUGAGGGCGGGUAGUUUGGGAUUUCAUUGGGGAAGGACUUCCUUCGUAGUUGCCGUUGGAUGCAAGCUGCGCUGCGUAGGUGACACGUAACUAAAAUUGAAAGUGUUGUAGGCCUCGUAAAUAUCGGGAUUUUGAUUUCUAUUACAGUGAUUGACAAAAUCUGAACGCGUUGCAAUGGGAAUCUGUUACAUCCGGUCUGGUUUUGUUUCCGAAUAGAGUGAACAUUGCUUCUACAUUAAGCACAAUGACAAAUUCUGCUUCUCAUGAAAUAUCGGAGUGAGUUUGCUCUGUGUAGUGUUGUCAAACGAAAAUCCAAGGAAAAGUAAAAACAAACUGGGAUUCCUUCGUGGAUGUGGCUACACCGUUUUGUGGGCCAAAAUGAAUCCAACAUAUUCACUAAACUUGCCUCAACUCUAAAGUGUUUCUGCUCCCUCUGUUUAAUAAUGCUUGGGGACGACUGAGGUGAAAAGGGGUUUGAGGUAGUAGAAAGUUUAGACAAAGUUUGCACAGCAGUGACCCGACGAUCGCUUGUGCAGGCGGCGGGGAGGGGAGCGAUUCAAUCAUGGGAAACGGAGUGUGUUCUCGGAGGCAGCGGAGAGUCUUCCAGUCUCUCCUUCUCAUCACCGUGGUUUUCGGAAUGAUUUAUGGCGGGAUGAUAUCGUAUGAGAUGCACAAUCAGUUGAAGAGGACUGAGGCGAUGGCUGUCAAGUACCAGCAACAUCAAGAGUCGCUCUCGGCGCAGCUUCAAGUCGUGUAUGAGCAUCGCUCGCGGCUAGAGAAGUCUCUGCAGAAGGAACGUGUGGAACACAAGAAGGCCAAAGAGGAUUAUCUGGUGUAUAAACUUGAAGCCCAACAGUCUCUGGACAAGGAGAAGGACUCCAGCAACAAAUUAAACUCUUUGCAUGGGCAGCACCAGAUGUUGAAGAAGCAGCAUGAGGACCUGAAGAAGCAGCACUAUGACCUGCAGGAGCAGCAUCAGAUUCAGGGAGAGGACCACGGCAAGGCCUUGGACGAACACAAGGCCCGCUUCGACAAACUACAGCAGACCAAAGAGAUGGAAGCCUCCAAACUCAAAGAGAAUGUGUAUAAUCUGCGAGAGGAGAAUAAGCAGCUGAGGAAAUCUCACCAGGACAUCCAUGUCCAGCUGCAGGAUGCACGGAUAGUACAUAAGGACUUGAAGGCUGCGCAUGAUCAGCUUGCACUGACGCUAGAGGACCACAAGAGUGCGCUGGUCGCCGCUCAGGUCCAGGUGGAUGAGUAUAAACAACUCAAAGAGACCCUGAUCAGAAUGCCCAGCCUUCGACAUGAUCAAAACCCCUCCCACCAACAGGCCCAGCCAGCUGCUGUAUUGGCCGAGCCCCAUGAACAGGCUCCACCCUCACCACAGUCAGCUGCCUUAUUCGCUGAGCCCCACGUAGAAGCACACACCCAUGAGGAAGACCAUGGGGACACACAAUCCAGGCAGUUGCAUCUGCAGGAAGAGGAAGUGGGCAAGCCAGAGUUCCAGUCUCAGCCUGCCCAGUCCCACCAUGCCGAGAAAGAGGGAUAUGGGGAUGCAGAGGGGGAGGCAGAGAGGAGGAGAGAGCUGGCGGAGGAAGAGAUGGAGCAGGCCGGGCAGCCCCAGAAGCUGGAGGAGGAAUCUGAACAACCACAGGAGGACGAGGGGUUGGAGGCGGAACACGACCAGCCAGACGACAACGCUCUGGACCGUCAGAGACGCCAACCACAACUGGAUCCACAAAAUGACAUCCACCUCGUCCCUGAGACCCACCUGCAGCAGGAGGCCCACGUGACCCAGGCGGAGCGGGUGAAGUCUGCCUACGAGCAGCAGCAGGAGCAGCAGCGCCUGGAGGCUGAGAGGACCCAGAGGACGAGGGAGCUCCAGCUGCGCCAGGAGGCCCUGCUGGCCCAGAGAAUGGCCGUGCAGAGGGAGAGAGAGCUGCGUCUGCGAGCUCAGCACGAGAGAGAGGAGCAGCAGCAUCGAGAGGCGGACCGUCGGGAACAGCUACUGAAGGAAGAGCAGAUCAGGAAGAAGAGUAACUAUGAGAACAUGGACAAUGACAUCGUCCAAGGUGAUGAAGAACCUCAUAUUGAUGAUGACGAAGAGAGGGACCCUCACAUGGAGCAUGAUGAGGAGGAGCAAGAUGAAGAGGACCACCGAGUACCACAACUACAGGAGGGGGCGGUAGAGGGGGAGGUGGACCCAGAGGAUGACCCUAAUAACCAGGGAGAGGAUGAGUUUGACGUGGCAGAGGAGCAGCAUCUUCAGCAUAGGGAGGAAGAGGAGGCAGACACGCACCCUAACCCCAAUCACCCAGCCAUAGACGAGGAACUGGUGAUGGCGGUAAACCCCGAUCAGCAGGAAGACAACCUGGAUGAGCUGUAUCCGGAGGACGAGGUACAGGAGGAUUUGGCCAGGGGGCAGAAGAGGGAGGAGGAGGAGGAGGAGCCAUACAACGAGGAGAACGGAGAACACGAUGACGUGAAAGAGCAAGAGGUCCCAGCAGAGAAAGAGAUCCAAGAGGAGGAGAACUACGAAGACAAGGAGGUGGGGGUUGGACGGGACGAGCGGCCCAAUCGAAGGGAGAUGUGAGCUGGACAGAGACAAUGACCAAUGAGAGUGCCUUUCCCCAUCACUGGGAGCCAAUCAGAUCUCACUAUUGUUCCCUCUAAAGGAGUAAAAUCAGACACCCACUCGGCAUUCCGAUCGGAAUUCUAUUGGAAUGUCUGCUUGGAGAUUCCCUUUUGUUUUUGUGUGGGACUGGAACUCAUGAACUUCUGGACAGAAUUAUCCUACUGGAACUGGGAAUACUAUAUAUAUAUAUAUUGAACAAAAAUAUGAACACUA